GGGUUCGAGGGCAGAGCAUGAGGGUCGGCGAGGAAACGCGGAAAGAACGUUCACAGUUCGGCGAAGCGGUUAAUGACUGUCGGUCACCGAACACAGCUGGACACGUCUCUGUCUCCACCGGCUGGAGAUGAGCACGAAGGAGCUGAACGCAGCCACGAUGACGACCACGAUGACCACGGCCAGGACGAUCACGUCGUCGCCGAAGCUCGAUGUCGAGGCCGAGGACGACGAGGAGCCACCGACCACGUUCGACGCAGUGGAUAUGGAUCUGGUGAACGGACCGAAUCCAUGGCUUCCGGCCUACGGCUUCCAGCUGCAGCAUCGUUCCCACUUUCAGCCCACGCACGAGGAUCUACGGACUAAUGAUACGGUGCUAGUGCAGCAAGUGGACUUUUUGGAGACCAUUUUGGAGGAAACUUCCGACGACCUACAGAGCGAUUCCGAUCGAAGUGGGACCACCUAUUGGGUCGGCUCGGAUUCUGAGACCGAGAGCGUGAUACACAUACGGGCGAAGCAAAGAUUGGCUGACGAGAGGCUGGACGGCAGCGGGAGCGAGUGCAAUUCCGUGGUGCCGAAGAAGCGACGUCGCAAGCACACUAGCGCCACUGACAGAGAACACCAGGUGACGUUCGACGACUAUCCGCCAUCGCCCAGGUCAUCCAGAUCGUCAGCUUCUUCCAGAUCCAGCUCUCUAUUGCAGUUCGAGUCCCUGGAGAGGACCUGUGCCACACUGUCGCCAUCUAGCUACAGCUUCGACUCCUUGGAGUAUCCGAAUAGGUCCAAUACGUCUCAUCCUGAGAACACGUCGCCUGACAGCCUCGAGCAGGACUAUGAGAAGACCCUGCCCAACGGAUUUGCCAACGCUGCGGAUCAUUUCUCGAGGAUCAGACCCUAUCGCAGCUUCGAGAGCUUGGAUACGUGUCAGAAGGAGGAGGAGUUCGGCCAUGGUGGUUUGACCAAUGGAUUCACACCCUUGUACCUGAAACGAAACGCGGAGCUGUCCAGAACACGUACAAACGGAUACCAUCGUCCUAGGGACUUUUGGCACGACGACGACGAGUACGAGGACGACGAUGGCGACGACGACCUCGACGACGAGGAUCACAUACUGAACGAUAGUCGAGCGAGCACGGAGCUCGACGACCGACUGAUGGUGUUCGGAGACACGGCGUGCAACUACGCGACGUCGCUGGACUACCGAAACACCAUAGACCUACGAGAGAUUGGCGUGGAGUCGAAGAGGGACGCGCUGUUGGACCUAAAGUCUGGCCAGGCGGCCGUGUCGGGUUCGUUUCGUCUGCUGCAGACCAGGUUAAAUAUAGCCGGCAGUAUGGCGCACGGUCGCAACAAUAUGGUCGCCGAUCAUCAUCAUCAUCAUCAUUACCACCAUCAUCAGCCGCAGCAGCAGCUCCACGAGCAGCACCAGCGUCAAGGGUGGAGCAACGAGGACUGCUUUAAUUUUAGAUUCACGGAUAAAUCUCAAAGCGCGCCCAGUCUGCCUAGCAGCGUCACCGAGUCAGCACACGGUCCACGCUCGUUGGCCGCUUACGCUUCCUCCUCAAGGGCGACCUCCUUCGUCUCCACAUCGAAUCUCUUCGAGAACUACACCAGAGUAGCCAGCGUGCCCGUCGACCUGAACCUCUGCGGCGUGCAAGAUGAUACGCGCUGCUCUAGAGUGAGCCUUCAUUACGAUCAUCGCGAAAUGGCGGAAGUGACCAGUGUCCAGGAGAAAAAGCGAUUGGACAGUGCUGAGAAAGUUGAGCAAGCGAGUAUCGACGAGGACCAGGCAAAGAGGUCGUUGACGAGUUCAGUUAGGACUCAGGCGUCUCAGAACACGAUGGUGGACGGCAAGAUGGACCGCGAGAGAGCGGAAGAGGCUGAUAGAGAAGACGAGGAGUGCGUGGACGAGCACUGUGCUAAGCCACGAGAGAAGAAGCAAGUGACCUCCACGGUGAAGACUCAGGAUCGGGGUAACUGCGUGCUGGACAUGGCUAUCGCGAUGGAGAACGACAUCGACGGUUCAGUGGACGACGCCAUUAAGCAGUUCAAGCGCGAGGUCGAGGAGGCUACCUCGAAGGACGGGAUCCAGAGGACCCCUUCCGGGAAACAGCGACCGUGGAAGGUGAAGAACAACGCUAGUUACGAGCUGGCUCAGCAGUUCGAGGUGGACGAGAGAAAUUUCUGGGUAAACAAGUACGGCAAGGAUAUCGGUGCUGGCGAUGGUGAGAAGUCGCUGAAGAGUGUGUCCAGUGGACGUAAGCGAGUGUUGAACAACGCCAGCUACGAGCUGGCCCAACAGUGCGACUACAUCAAGGCCGUCCAGUCCUCCAGAGGUGCUUUCCAGAGGAUGGACGCGUGCGACGAGCUGGAGGAGUCAGGCUCUGGUCGAUCCUCGCAGCUCAGGGUCUCAGACUUGGUGCAACAGAUGAGCAGUAAUUCCACGUCGAAUCUGAGCAGCUAUCAGCACAGCGAGCCCUACGUGGACACCAAGCGAUACUCCAAAUCCACGGGAAAUAUCUCCACCCAGUUCUCCAUGGCUCCCUUUACCAGGAUCCCCAUCAAUCAGCUUGGUCAACGUUUGAAGAAGCAACAGGAAGAAACGCUGUUGAGCCAGAUAAAAAAAAACUCGGAUCCAUUUUCAGCCUAUGGAGACGAUGCUAGUAGCCAUGCCUUAGUAGACGACGAGAUAGAUUUACCCUGCUUGGAAACCAAACCCAUAGGAACUUCCAGCCCCGAGGGGUGCGUAGCGCGCGAGCAAACGAGCGCCCAAGAGCCUCAGGAGCUAUCCCUGGAUCACGAAAACGUGGCGUCGAACGCUUCACACAGGACCGCGACACCUGACGCGGCAUCGAGGGACACCGAACAGGACGCGGUGGACGAGACGAGCUGUUCGAAGAAGUCGUUCAUCGGUGACUUCUACCCGGAAAAAAUAGUGCGGUUGCAGCAACAGGAUGAUCAGCCGGCGGAUCAUCGACCGGCAAUGGCGGACAGGACGCUGGAACUCGAGGGCGACGGAAGUAAAAACGAAAGUUGUUCGUUGACUGCGGUAUCAGCGUCGUCGUGCAACGGUAGAAACGGCGGAGAACUGUUAUGGAGGGUCAUAGUGGAAAAGCAGACCGCGGAGAAGGAGGCUUCACUGGAAAAGGUUAGAAAGAAGACGGAGACAGAGGCGAAGGAGAGAGAGACGGGGAAGCAAGAGCAGCGGCAGCAGCCGAAGCUGGAGACGAAGGAGAGAGAGAAAGAAGAGAAGGAGAAGGAGGCAACGGAAGCAGCGAGGGGACACACUGUCCACGGUGUUCGUUCCCCCCCACUCGGCAGUAGCAGCAAUAGCGACGGCCUGGAACCAAGUGAACGGAGUGGGAAUCCAGCAGUGGCCGUGGCAGUUGAUACGAAUCAUCGCGGUGAUCGCGACAAACGUCACGAGGAGAACGCGGCGGAAACAACUGCGGUGGCCAGGGUAGACGACAAGCACGACGGCCACGCGACUAUGUCGGCCACGACGACCACGACGAAAACACGGCCGUUCGUCGCGCCACCAAUCGCCAAGAACGACACUUCCGCGGCGAGAUUUCAACGAAACAUGGUCGUCGACGCGUCGUCCGCGGCAACGGUGAAGGAAGAGAGGAAAAAGGGUGGUCUCGGUGGAUUUCUACAGCGAUUCUCGAGACUCCGGUUCAGUGGUAGAUCGAAAGUGCCGCGGUCCGAGGUGCAGAAAAAGAGUGAUACGAUCGGCCAAGUGAAUCGCGCCAAGGUGACAGAGGAAAAGAUUAAAAAGGAGCCGGACUAUAUCAUCAUUCCGUUGCACCCUCCGGACGAGGAGAAACAGAAGCAGGAACAGAAUGUAGCUUUGGAGAGCAGAACGGACACUGGGAACGGCAGAACUGUUGCCGAAGUUCAACGGAGUUCCUCCAGUAUUAGCGCGAACGGGAGGGCGCCAGUGUCCAGCAAGCCGCCCCUGCCUCCGCAGCCGCCCCGUGUCGGGGCGCUGGGCUCGAGACCGUCGACGGGCGCGUCGGCGGCGGCGGCGGCGGCGUGUUCGUCGCGCCGACGCGCGGCCACGGACCUUGGAAAUCCGGCGGCCAUCGAGAUGGCGAAAGCCCGCACGAUGCAGGCCGCCCAGGAGCGCCCGGUCGGCCUGCUCGAGACCGACCUCGACGAGGCCGUGCCGUCGACGACGACGACGUCCAGCGUCGCCGCCGCUUCCGCCUCCGCGAACGCCGCCGGCAAGAAGACCAGGAGCCUGCUCAAUCUGAAUCACACCUCGGCCGCCCCGCGACCCAGGCCCGAGCACGCCCUCCAUGUACCCCAGUCGCCUGUCGCCGCUUCGCACAGGAGCCCCCGCGACGACGACGCCGCGUCCACCAUCAACCAACGGCCACACAAAUCCAUGGAGUUCCUCCUCGACAAGGAGAACCUGCAUUUCGUCAAGCCGCCGGAGAACGAGUUGCAGAAAGUCGGCGAACGCGUACCCAGCGAACACGAACUCAGAGUGCAGAGGUCUCUGCAGCGACUGAACGUCCCGGAUUGGUACAAGAAUUCUCCCGCGGCUCGCGAUGGCUUCCGGUUAAAGAGGCACUCCGAUGCGUCGCAGCACGGAGGAUGGCGUGCUCUGGGCUCGAAAACCACCUCCCUCUCGUCCCUUUCGUCGUCUUCCAAUAGACAGCCGACUACAGGUGCCCUUCUAAGUCCAAGUCCCACGCCACCUGUAUUCUCAAGAUGGAGUACCAGUCUGCUGAACAGCACCGGAAAUUCGCCAGCGAGUUCAGCGAGGUCGUCCUUCAAUCAUCGACAGCCAUACUUGGGCUGGCGUUCUCAGGAACGGCUCACGAACCCGCGGACCCCGGCGGAACGUCUUGCUCAGGGUAUUCUUCCCCAGUUGCAAGCAGCCAACAAGCAGCAACAGCAGCAACAACAACAACAGCAGACAACGAAUCAGCAGCUAGAGGUAAGGAACUCGAUAAAGGAGGUAACCUCGGCCAUUGUGCACUACGUGCAAAGCGGUCAGGAGGUUGGUGGAGGUGGCAGGCUGUCGCCUCGACCUCGACCUGAAGACUGGGACGACAGGGGCGGAGCAAGGUCGACCAGCCCCAGAGGGAGCGUGAAGCUGUGUUGGAUGGAGAGCUCGUUCGUUGGCACGAGACCCGUGGAUUCCCCGGAGACCCCGAUGAGUUUGGCCACGGAAAUCGACUGCUGUCCCGGUUGCAACGCCACGGCCACCGAGUCAUGCAGUUGCGUCGAUUCAGCCACUUCAGGCCUGUUCUUGGACUUGACACCUACCCACGACGACGGCCAGCUGCAGCAGUUUCAGCAACAGCAGCAACAGCAGCAAAUAGGCGGCGGCGGUAGCCUCUGUCCAUCACCGUCCUCGUCGCUCAAUUAUCACCAGCACCAUCAUCAUCAUCAUCACCGUCAGCUUCACCAUCAGCAACAACCACAGCAGCAGCAGCGCCAUCACCGCGAGUCCGCUAGGAGCGUGAUGGACGUGCAAGGAGCCUCCGAGGAGCAUGCCUCGUACUACGUGGGUGAGCUCGUGCGACGAAAGAGCGAGGGCAGCGACACUAUGCCCUCAAAAACGGUUGCGACACAGUCAAGAGGCGGGCCCUUGAGUCACCGAAGAGUUUCCUUCGACAACCAGGAGGCAAAUGGUGUGGUGGCCGGCAACGUUGCAGAGAAGGUUAUUCGUUGCCGCAACAACAAAUGCAACAACUCGGCCACUCUGGCCGAGGCGAAGAAGACCUACAAAAGCUGUCAUAACUGCACCUGCCUGUACUGCUCCAGGGAAUGCAGACGAGCGCACUGGCAGCGUCACAGGAGAACCUGCUUGCACUCUCGAGCUGGAAGCCUCUGCAAACAGGUGUUGUCCUCAGCCAAGGAAGAUCCUAUCACGCUCAAACACAUCUCGGCCCUGGCCAAACGUGGCUACGCGUUCCACGGUCGUGGUGCCGUCAAAUGUUUCUUCUCUAGCCUAGAAGCUGCGGAGAAGUUCAUCUCGAAUGGCUUCGUGGACCUAGGGGAACCAACGUACGUCCGAUGGUCGGACCUUCUGGCAAGAGAGAUGGGAGCAGAGCUGUACGCCGAGGUGAUUAGACUCUGUAAGUCGUACAAUCCGGAUACCAGGCUGGUGUUGUACGUGGCCGUUUUCGUGGUCAGCGAGGUACCAACCAGUGGAGCCGUGAAAUGGGAACGUCAACUGGUGUCCAGGUGCGCCAAGAUCCACUUGGACUCGGCCAAUAGGCAUCACACGUCCUCGUCAUCCGCCUCGCCACAGGGCAGACAGCAGUCCACGUCUCCCUGCAACAUUACUAGAGAGAUGGAAUCCCCAGAGAUGCUGGUACUCACCUCGCUGCCAGGCAACAAUGGGCAGAACACGCCCAAGAAGAUCCGGGAGAUAAGCUUCGCCAAUAUUCAAAGGCAGCUGAAGCUGAGGGGCGUUUCGCUGAGGAGGCAUUUCCCGCAGGUUUACAGGAAGCUCCGUGCCUACGUGGAUGGUACCGUGGACAAGUUCCCCCCGGUCACCAUGUAUCCGAGAGACCAGGCGUCUGGCAAGAGUUUCAUGUGCAUCAUCAUGCUCGGUGUAGAGGCUGAGCGUCUUCAGCUGCUUCCAACAGAUUCCUCUAGGGUUAGAACCGUUGACAUUAGCGUCGAGGAGGAAUGAACGCCGAAUAGAAGCUCUGUAUUCGCUUAAGCGGUUUUUUACUAAAUUAGUGAGAAUAAUCUUCUGCAGGCUAAUGAUAGGCGCACGUGCGAGAAACGCGAGAUAUUCCGAGCUUGAUCUUCAGGUUUACGCCUCUGAGUAGAAGGGAACCAUGUGUAACAGUUGCCUGUGAGCGGAACAGCUGAAGAAAGCUCCUGGAAUUCUAUAUUCUAUAGUAAAUUGAACGAAAGUAAAUCGUCUUUGAGACAAGACGCCGUGUAGGAUGGUCUUUCGAGAAAAGAUGGUUUACCAAAUCGAGGACAUGUCGAGGUGGUUGAUAUUCCACGACAUUUCAUGUGGAGCAACGAACAAAAUACAUAGAUAAAUUAGACUGUACGUUGCUAACACUCUCGCCUUGAUCAGUUUUCGAGAUAGAUCUAAUUGUGUACUUAUAGUUUGCGAUAAGAGGUUAUUGGUACACGUUAGAAUCGUUGGAGAUGUUAGUUCGCGUGUCGUUCCGAUGUUAAAGAAUACUGUAAUUCCCGUACGAUGUUCGCACGAGUAUCGUCGGUCGACAAGCAUCAAUUUUCAUAAACGCUUAACGAGCGUGUUUUCUCGUUGUAACUGAAAUCUAUCAGUUUUGUUCACGAGUCUCGUUCGUGAAUGUUAGGGUACCUCUCUGAUUGCUUGGCUAGAUCAAAAAAUAAAAAUCUCCUCGAUUUGGUUGUUAUUGGGUCAAAUGUUUAUUAACUACAUAUAUCGAUCGUUGGACGAAUCAAAGAGCGACCUUGAUAGAACAACGGUUCCUAUCAGCAUUUCGAUAUGAAAUUAUUGAGAAACUUUGAAGUUAUUUGUGUCACACUUUCAUGAAAAUGUGUAAUGUAAAAUCUUUCUGCGUUCCCAAGAAACCGUAUUUUCCUAAUGUAUCGUUCAAUUCUCCGAUUUCCUCUUCAAAAGUCAUGUCUAUAGCGUAACCGUUGACCUAACCUAUAAAUGAGAACCUGUUCAAACGCUCCACGUUCGACACGUCGUUUCCGAAAGUAAUAAUGAGAAGUAUCUUGUUGUCCUUUCGUUCGAUUUAACGUAGUUACGGUUGUAUUUUUUGAAUUUUAUCGUAUAUAUUAUAUAUAAAGAUUAAAUCUCCACGAUGUCGUCAGGCUGUCUCAAUUAUAAUUCGAGAAGGUGUUCUUCGAAUAAUUGAAACUCGAAUCAGCCUGAACGCGUCGAUGAAAAAAAGGCAAAUGUAGAUUGUGAACGAGGUUUCUGCAGUUUAACAGCUCCUCACGGAAAACUCCCCAAAUGUCCAAAGUUUUAAAGUCCGUAAAACCUGACUAGUGGCCGGUGUCCCUGAAAGUAGAGUUUCUACCGAGUAAUCGUCUCGAGCUCAAAUCCAAUUACUAUACCGUUCCCACAGACGCGAUCUUUGUGCCAAAGCGUAGACCGUAAUAAACCUCGGAGUUAAGAAAGUAACUUGCGCAGAUCGCAAUGGCAACAGAAACGAACUUUUGCAGAAAGGAAGCAUUCUGAGAAUCUUAACCUCGUGGACUAACUUCGUGGCAUCGAAGACCUCUCGGUUUAGUCGGUUUAGCUUUUUCCUUUAAUAAGAUCAGGACACCAA